GUAAUGCAUCGAUCGGGUUUUAUUCUAUUGAUUCAACUAUUAAUUAUUGUAUCAAUUCAAUGCCAAUUACAAGGAAAUUAUGACAUUAAUGAGGUGUUUGCUCAAGUUAUUGAACAAUUGCAAUGGAACAAUGAGACGAAUAAUGUUUCAGUGAAUUUUGUUAAUGUGAUUCGUGAAUUGCAACCGGAGAAUAUAAUUACGGUCAAUGCAAAGAGAGAUUUUAAUCGUACACUCCAACAAUGGAUCGUGAAUGACACAAAAUGUGAUACGCAAUUUUCGAUAUUUGUCAAUGGACUGACGACUUCUGAACUGUGGGCUCUAAAAAUGUUGGAUUCCUCUUCGAAAAUCCCGUCUGGAAAUCUGAUCGGAAAUAUGAAAGAUCUGGGUUUCUAUGAUGAAUGUGUUUCGGUCGAAGUCACAAGAGAGGAUGAAUUCAUCCGGGGACGUCACUGCAUGUACUCAUUAUCUGUUAGAGUUCCAAAUACAACCGUAUCACUUCGUCACACCAUGUCAAUUUGCUUACCUGCUGCAUGCGAUAGCGAGCAUGUGGAUCAGAUAGUACAGCAAGCUAUGGAUACUGCAUCGAAUUAUCAUGAUUUUGAACUUGAGCUGAAAUCAGCAAGAUGCUCUUCGGUAGAUCCUGCACCGUGGGAGAUUGGUGACAUCAUUGCAAUAUCGAUAGUGACAAUUUUUGCGGGAUUUUUAAUUCUCUGUACGAUUUGCGAUAUUCUUCUCGGAGUCAAUGGAUCUAGUCUCUUCAAGCAUAAUAUAUUCAAAGAAUUAUCGAAAUUUUCGUUAUACACUAAUGGCAAACGUGUACUUGAUACUACAGUUCCGCAAGGAACACUGCCAGCGAUUCAGGGAAUACGUUUUUUCAGUAUGUGCUGGGUAAUACUCGGGCAUGAAUAUGUGAUUCUUCCCAUGGGAGCUGUGAUAAAUAUGGUUAAUAUCGGAGAGUGGAUUUCUUCUUGGCGAGCUUUAUACAUCCUCAUUGCGCCCUUUUCAGUAGACACUUUUUUUGUAGUCAGUGGUUUUCUAACGUCUUAUCUCUUUCUCAAAGAAAUUUCCAGGGGUCGGAAAUUCAACGUCAUAAUGUAUUACGUUCACAGAUACAUUAGACUUACUCCAGCUCUAGGUGCACUUUUGCUGUUGACAAUUUACGUUUUUCCACGAAUAGGAUCGGGUGCUCUGUGGGAAUCAAAUGUCGUUUCGCAAAAGCACUUGUGCUCGAAAAAUUGGUGGCCAAUGCUACUUUAUGUCCAUAAUUAUGUUAAUACCGAUUAUAUGUGGUGUCUCCCUCACACGUGGUACUUAGCUGUGGAUAUGCAAUUAUUCUGGAUAUCUCCUUUGAUUUUAUAUCCGAUGGCUAAAAAACCUAAACUGGGUAUGGCCAUUCUUCUUGCAUUUGUGAUCGCAUCGGUUAUUACACCGGCUGUUGUAGCAGCAGAAAACAAAUUCUCCGGAGCUCUAUUUAUGUUUUCAAAUUUACGAAAAUUUCAAGACGCUAUGACUUAUUUUUACGUAACAAGUUACACAAGAGCUGGUCCGUGGCUAUUGGGCGUCAUCCUUGGUUACGUCCUCUCAAAGAAACAGAUUCCACCUGUGAGAAAGUUCAUGUACUGCGGUUGGAUUCUAACUAUUUUAAUGUUUGCAUUCACAUUUUUUACAUAUCGAGUUUUUCAAACUCCUGAAUAUGAGUGGAAUGCACCAUGGGAGGUGUUCUAUGCUGCUUUCGCACGACACAUCUGGGCCUUCAGUAUUUGCUGGAUAAUCUAUGCAUCUGUACUGGGUUACGGAGGUGCCCUCAGCAAACUUCUAUCACUACCCAUAUUCAUUCCUUUUGGCAGAAUAUCUUACUCUAUUUAUCUAGUACAUUUUAUAAUUCUAACCAUGAAAAUUGGUAAUAUUAGAACACCAAAGUAUUUCAGCGAUUUCCAGCAACUUUAUCUGUUUUCUGGAGACUUUGUGAUAUGUACCUUUGGAGGAUUUAUUUUUAGUCUCUUUUUUGAAUCUCCUUUUAUGGUUCUCGAGAAAUUUUUUUUGGUAAGAAACAUACGAACGAAAACCAUGGGGUGAAGGAAAUAUUUGUCGAUCGGGAAAGGUCUGUGGAGACUAGUAACAGUGGUUAUAAAACUGAAGCGGCCUAGCAACUGGACACAAUUCUCCGAUAGACCUGGAUAUAUAGCUACAUAAUUCGGUUCUUUGCUGCGUUUAUUCAUUCCUUCCACUGAAGGAAUCAACGUAAUGAAUUUACUCCAAUAUUUGUUCAUAAGUAUAGGUGCGUAGAAAAUGUUUGGCACUAUCAAGUAAUGGGUGAGAGUAUAGUGAGUGCACCCAUAAUAUAAUUGGCUGUUGGAUCCAGAUGAAUAUGAAAUGAGGGCCGCCUUGGAGCAGUCUUCUUAUUAUCAAAAAUGUAUCUUGGAAAACAAAUUUACUAGUAUCAAUAACAUUUGGCAAGGCCGAUUACCUUUUCAUUGUUUUCAUUUUUGCGUUUUGUAUCCAUCGUAACCCGAGUUGAAAUUUUAGUCGUUCUGUGUCUUCGAAGGCGACGAUUCCUUUUGUUCUCGGAUUUUAUUUUCUUCUUCCUCUAAAAAACAUCUAGAAAAAAUCAAGAGUACGUUGAUUUGCUGCUCGAAAGCGAGUUGAAAAUAUUGAAAUUAUAGUUUUCUUCACUUCUCACUGAUACUAUAUCCGGCUAGUUAAGCCAUAGAAAACUCGGAAAACUACGGACUAUGCCCUCAAUAUCUUAAUAAAGACUUUUUUCUCCAGAAUCUCAUGAAAAAAGGAAGAUUGGGGUGUCAAUCAGCAGGCCAUGGCGUCUUUCGGCAACCUCAUCCUUUCAAAAUAAUGAAAAAUCAAGGCACUGGAAAGAAAAAACCCUUUGACCGCCAACUUCGGAAUGCGAUCGAAUCUAUAAGUGAAAUAUAAGCAGUGAAAAAUACCACAUGCGAUUUAUAUCUCCAAUUUCAAGUGGAAUCAACGUAAAGAUUAAGAUCAUGAAAAAUAUUUCCAGCUGAUUAGUGAUGGCAAUUUAUGCAGCGCUUAAUUCUUGAAUAAUGUAGCAUAAAAUAUUAUAUCAUAUCAUAUGUAUUCCCAAUGAAACACAGUUAAAAUGUUUCAGAGUUCCAUGAUUCCAUGUGAUUUUCAAACAAUCUGGAUUGUAUUAUUUUUGUAAAUUCUCAACCUCCAAUGUUUCUACCUACUCAAAUAAAUAAAAUAAAUUUUAAUCCAUAUGUA